UCCCACCCAGCUCUCUGGUCCCGGCGGUAAGAUGGCGGCUGCCGCGGAGUGCGAUGUGGUAAUGGCGGCGACCGAGCCAGAGCUGCUCGACGACCAAGAGGCGAAGAGGGAAGCAGAGACUUUCAAGGAAAAAGGAAAUGCAUACUAUGCCAAGAAAGAUUACAAUGAAGCUUAUAAUUAUUAUACAAAAGCCAUAGAUAUGUGUCCUAAAAAUGCUAGCUAUUAUGGUAAUCGAGCAGCCACCUUGAUGAUGCUUGGAAGGUUCCGGGAAGCUCUUGGAGAUGCACAACAGUCAGUGAGGUUGGAUGACAGUUUUGUCCGGGGACAUCUACGAGAGGGCAAGUGCCACCUCUCUCUAGGGAAUGCCAUGGCAGCAUGUCGCAGCUUCCAGAGAGCCCUAGAACUGGAUCAUAAAAAUGCUCAGGCACAACAAGAGUUCAAGAAUGCUAAUGCAGUCAUGGAAUAUGAGAAAAUAGCAGAAACAGAUUUUGAGAAGCGAGAUUUUCGGAAGGUUGUUUUCUGCAUGGACCGUGCCCUAGAAUUUGCCCCUGCCUGCCAUCGCUUCAAAAUCCUCAAGGCAGAAUGUUUAGCAAUGCUGGGUCGUUAUCCAGAAGCACAGUCUGUGGCUAGUGACAUUCUACGAAUGGAUUCCACCAAUGCAGAUGCUCUGUAUGUACGAGGUCUUUGCCUUUAUUACGAAGAUUGUAUUGAGAAGGCAGUUCAGUUUUUCGUACAGGCUCUCAGGAUGGCUCCUGACCACGAGAAGGCCUGCAUUGCCUGCAGAAAUGCCAAAGCACUCAAAGCAAAGAAAGAAGAUGGGAAUAAAGCAUUUAAGGAAGGAAAUUACAAACUAGCAUAUGAACUGUACACAGAAGCCCUGGGGAUAGACCCCAACAAUAUAAAAACAAAUGCUAAACUCUACUGUAAUCGGGGUACGGUUAAUUCCAAGCUUAGGAAACUAGAUGAUGCAAUAGAAGACUGCACAAAUGCAGUGAAGCUUGAUGACACUUACAUAAAAGCCUACUUGAGAAGAGCUCAGUGUUACAUGGACACAGAACAGUAUGAAGAAGCAGUACGAGACUAUGAAAAAGUAUAUCAGACAGAGAAAACAAAAGAACACAAACAGCUCCUAAAAAAUGCGCAGCUGGAACUGAAGAAGAGUAAGAGGAAAGAUUACUACAAGAUUCUAGGAGUGGACAAGAAUGCCUCUGAGGACGAGAUCAAGAAAGCUUAUCGGAAACGGGCCUUGAUGCACCAUCCAGAUCGGCAUAGUGGAGCCAGUGCUGAGGUUCAGAAGGAGGAGGAGAAGAAGUUCAAGGAAGUUGGAGAGGCCUUUACUAUCCUCUCUGAUCCCAAGAAAAAGACUCGCUAUGACAGUGGACAGGACCUAGAUGAGGAGGGCAUGAAUAUGGGUGAUUUUGAUCCAAACAAUAUCUUCAAGGCAUUCUUUGGCGGUCCUGGCGGCUUCAGCUUUGAAGGUAGGUGGGCCUGCUGUUCUUGGGAGUUCCCAGAUCACAAGCCAACACACUCAUUGCCUCUUAGGCAGCUCUUUGGGAGUCAGAGGGGCCCAUGAGCGGGGGCAGCUGAAUUCUCAUCUAGCAGGGCAUCUAUCCACUCGGCUGUUGCUAAAGAUGAAGACAGGAAGGUUCCCAGGCACCCCUUGCCUUGGGACCUUUAGCCACUGCAUCUCUGCAGGGUCAGGGAGGCAUCUCUAACUGCCUAGUACCAAGGCUUCUCUGCAAGAGCAAAGGUACUAUAUAGAUAAUGCUGAGGUCAGAAGCUACCCAUGUAUAAUAUAGUCACGUGCUCCCUCUUGCACCCAAAAACAGCCUGAGCUGUUUGAUACCCAUAGAGUUUCUCUCUGUGUUUGAGUUUGAAGCAGCCCUUGAAGACUUUUCCAUAAUCAGAGCAAAGUGAUCUUCCCUAGAAAAUCCAUAGCCAACUACCAACCCCUCUUUUCUCUUUCAGCAUCUGGUCCAGGGAAUUUCUUUUUUCAAUUUGGCUAAUGAAGGGCAACCACCCAGAACCCAGAAAAUGCAGAUUCACUCAGUUUAAUCUUGAAUGUGGAAACAGUUCACCUCCUCCCUUCAUCACGUCUCCGUGUACUUAGAGCAGUUUCAUUUUCUCAGUUGGAUGCCCUGUGUCUCUGUGAGUGGGGUGGAGCAAAGGGAACCAAUGCCGAAGACCGAGGGCAGGGGAGGGAGGCGGGGGUGGACAGGGAGGCAGCUUGUGAAUUUUUGUUUUACUGUUUAACUUUAUUAAAAAAGAAAAAAAAAGAGAAUAAAAUGUUUUGACCCUU